GGGACGCUUCGGCCCCUGUCCGUGCGGGGCCUCGCCUCCCUCCAUCCUGCCGACGCCCAGGCCGUGCCCGCCUCCGCCAUGACGACGCCAUCCCCUCCCAGCUGUAACGGCAGCAGCUGGAUGAAUCCGGACUACUACUUCCUCUGCGACACGCAGGCCGCUUGGGGCAUCGUCCUGGAGACCCUGGCGGCCGCCGGGGUGGUGGCCACACUGGCCCUCCUCCUGACCCUCCUCCUCCUUGUCUGCAAGACCCAGGACUCGAACCGGCGGAGCGUGCUGCCCACCCAGCUGCUCUUCCUCCUGGGGGUGCUGGGCCUGUUCGGGCUGACCUUCGCCUUCAUCAUCCGCUACAACCAGCACACGGGGCCCACUCGCUUCUUCCUGUUCGGCGUGCUCUUCGCCCUCUGCUUCUCCUGUCUGCUGGCCCACGCCUUCAACCUGGCCCUCCUGGCCCGUGGGCGCUGCCCACUGUCGUGGCCCCAGCUCCUGGGCCUCGCCGUGGGCUUCAGCCUGGUACAGACCAUCAUUGCCACCGAAUACGUCACCCUCGGGCUGACCAAGCACAGCGGCACCUUCCUGGGCAUGUCUCUCAACCAGCGGGCCCUGGACUUCGUCCUGCUGCUGAUCUAUGUCCUCUUCCUCAUGGCUUUGACCUUCCUGGUGUCGGCGGCCUCCUUCUGUGGCCCCUACGCGGGCUGGAAGCGGCACGGGGCCCACAUCUACGUCACCGUCCUCUUCUCCAUCGCCCUCUGGGCCGCCUGGAUCACCCUCCUGACGCGGGUCAACAGCGACCUGAACCAUCGGCCGCAAUGGGACGACCCGGUCCUGGCCGUGGCGCUGGUGGCCAACGCCUGGGCCUUCCUGAUGUUCUACGCGGUGCCCGAGGCCUGCCUCCUCACCAAGCAGCGGUGCCCGCGGGACUAUCCCGGGGAGGACGGGCCCUGCCGGCCACAGCUCAUGAAGCAGAGCGUGGGGCUGGAGAACCCGGCCUUCUCCCGGGAGGGCGGGGCCCAAGGUUCGGACGACCCAGGGGAGACCCUGUACACCCAAUACUCCACACACUUCCAGCUGCAGAACCGGGACCCCACGAAGGACUUCUCCAUCCCCCGGCCCAAGCCCCGGACGGGCCCCUACGACGACUACGCCGGCAGGAAAGACGGCCUCUGAGGGCGGCCGCAGGGACCAGGCCAGAGGGGCCCGACCGGCCGGGGGCGACCGGACCCUCAUCGCCGGGGCCAGAGGACACCCAGACCCCGGGCCGGGUCCCGCCCGCUGGCCCCACGGACCCAGGAGAGGGCUGAGGUGACCCGGCCGCUGGCUCGGGCCGGCGGGUGACUCCGGGGCAGACUCAGGGUUAACCCAGACACACACACACACAAAUCCAAGCAUGCACACACACGUGUCCCUCACUCAGGGUGGGCCCGGGGAGUUGAUGCCUUCUCCCACCUGCCCAAACCCUGGACUCCCCUCCAGGCCCAGGCGAGGGAGGACCGGGGCAGCUCUGCCCGCCCGCCGCCCUGCCCCUGCCCGGGCCGCGGGGCGGCCUCUCCUCUCCCAGUGCCCACUCCGAGCUUCUCUCUGACCACAGCACCCCCCCGGUCCUCUCAGGAACCCCACUCUCGCCCAAACCACGGCGGGAGAAAUCCCGCCCGUGGUCCCCCUACCCACUGUCGACUCCGCAUUCUCUGUAGUCUGGCAGUCGCGUGCCCGGCCCUGGCAGAGAGUGGGGGGCGGCGGGGGGACGAUCCUCAGCCCAUGAUAAGUUAUUAGUCCUUUCUCCCAAGGAGCAAACAAUAAAGAUACAAUAGUGACCAUGCUGUCUCUCUGCCCUCUGCCUCCUACCCCUAGGCUGCCCUCUUCCUGGGCAUUUCGCAGUCCAGAUGCGGGCGAUUUCUGUCUGGUAGCGCAUUUUCUCACAGACACGGGGAGGGAACUGUUUGAGUUCCUACUCUGGGAAGAGUACAAUGGAGUAAGCUUCUUCAAGGCAGGAAUCACAUCUACUGACUCUAGUGGACUCUGCCUCGAACUCAGUCCAGCG